AUGCCUCAAAUGAAAGCCUUUGACUAUGCCAAAGUUCCACUCGGCCAGGCCACGGGCAAGCUGCAAAUCAGCGAUGGCACUAGCCUCCCUAUCACGCUCGCUCUGGAAACCGCUCUACGUGGACUCCGGGAACCUGAGCCCUUCAACUUGUGGAUCGAUCAAAUCUGCAUCAACCAAGAUGACUCUGAUGAAAAGGACCGGCAGAUUCCACUGAUGAAAGACAUUUAUACGCGCUCUUCGUGUACCAUUGCUUGGCUAGGGUUGGCCGCAUCCUCGACGGAGAAGGCUACCCGGUACCUGACCCGCACUGGCGAGGCAUUCGCGAGCCUUGGGCUGGGGCCCGUAACUAAGCAGCUCCAGGAGCAGCUCUAG